GGUGAUGGUUUUCUUGUAGGAUGUUGACGUUCUCAAUGACUCCAUCUCCUCCAGAAAAGUUUCCUUAGGCGUCCAUUGUCGUACUGCAGGUUAUAAAUGAAGUCAGUCUAUCAGGAGUAUCAACCUUCGUCAACAUUGCUGGCUGUUGCCUGGCACUGGUCGAGGUAAAGAGCACAUCAGCAGUAACUGCAGGCAGAACUACAAUGUGAGUCUUUUCGUAUUACGUGGAAGGAAGUUUCUAGAAUACUAGCAAACUAAGAGCGCGGAUGGUGAACCUGGUGUACUGCAAAGUUGUCAGGGAACGUUUCUGUGUAGCCUGCUAACUGAACUCUGCUAGCAUCUGUCUUUGUUGUUGCUCUACUGCAUACAUACACAACUUCCAAAUACAGUUACAAAUACCAAAAAUACCACUUUUAAGAGAUGGCAUUUAUAAAUUCCAAUGAAAAGAUCAUAGCAAUUUAAUUAUUAAUCAUGGUGAUGAAAUAAGCUGAGGGUCAAACCGCUAUUUGCACUUGCUUGCUCACACAUGCGCACACACACACACACACACACACACACACGCAAACAGUAUCAUCAUGUCGUCGGCCAGUAUUUCUUUACUUUUGUAUUCCUUUUUAGUCCUGUUUCAGGAGCUCAGCCUUGCAGACGCUGGUGGUCCGUGGGCAUCGCCCUCAGAAAGAGUCUUCCUUCGGCGAAAGCGCGCAAACUUAUUCCUGCUGGAAGAAAUUCUGCAGGGAGACCUGGAACGCGAGUGUUAUGAAGAGCGCUGCAGCUUUGAGGAAGCUCGUGAGUACUUUGAAGACGACAGCAACACCCUUAUUUUCUGGAGAAUAUAUUAUGAUGGUGACCAGUGCAAGCCCGACCCAUGCCUCCAUGGUGGUAACUGCACUGACAAGAUCGGUGGGUUCUACUGCUCAUGCCCACAACCUUACUAUGGCAUUGCCUGCCAAAUGGGAGCUAUCAAAAAAGUGGCGAUUGACAAGGAGGAAAACGACACAGCGCAGAACAAUGCUCCAUUGGAAGUCAUAGCGUGUCCAAGUGAGGGCCCCGACGCCUGUCAGCAGAUAUGCUCCACAACUCAUCAUGCCUUCAAAUGCUCCUGCACUUUGGGAUUUGAGCUCCAAAGUGAUGGGCGGAGCUGCAAACCAGCAGACACCUUCCCAUGUGGUCGUCCUCUGGACAACACCACGCUGCACUGUCCACACGGUAACUGUCCCUGGCAGGUGGUGCUGUGGGACAGGAAGGAAGCAGCGCUUUGUGCUGGGGUGAUUCUGAGUCAGUACGCUGUCCUGACAGCUGCCCACUGCCUUCCUGAGGGAUCAGAACACAGAGGUCGACCUUCAAACUUCCAUGUGCUGGCUGGUGACAAGAAAAUUCCUGUUCGAUCUUUUCUCGUCCACGAGCGUUAUCGGAGCAACAGCCAAAAUGAUGACCUAGCCCUCCUGGAACUGACCCGCCCACUUCAGUUCAGCCCGACUCUCUUACCACUCUGCUUGCCCACAAAAGACCUGUGUGAAAAUAUACUGAUGCAUUCAGGUAUGCCGGGGAUCAUCGGUGGGGGGGUCCAGGAGCCAACGUACAGGAGUCUGGAUGAGUGUCGUCGGCUAAAUAUAUCAGCGCUUAGCAACAAGAAAUUCUGUAUGGACCAGCAGAGGGAGAGACCCGAAAUCAAUUUGAGCACAAACACCUCGCUGGGUAGAACGCAGUCACCCUGGUGUUCCAGCUCAUUGCCUGGUACGCCAGUGGCAACUGUACAUCACGGCACUGCGUUCCUAACUGGCAUACUGAUUUCAACUAACUGUUAUGAGGAGGAAACUUUGGUGUUCACCAAAACUUCCCGCUACCUCAAGUGGCUUCGCCACGGACUGGAAGUAGUGCACGAGAGAACAACGCAGCAGAUUCUACAAGAUCCUGAGGGUCUGUGAGGCCCCUCCCAGCUUGAUUUGACCUUGAUGUAAUCGCUAACGCUCUAUUCAGAGUUCUUUUUCUAGAAUCAUUUCCGUCUUUUAAUGAUGAAAAUAAAGACACCAUUCAGUGUGGUGGGGUUUUAAACCACCUCAGAGCUCAAUCAAAAUCAUGAAAAGUAAAUAAAGUGAUUGCAAGAGUGA